AUGUCUCAAAUAGGGAUUAUUACCAAUGGAAAUAAUAAGAAAGAGAUGGUUUCAUUGGAUGGGGGUUCUUUUUCUGAAAAAAUGUUGGAAUUAGACCAUGAAAAUGAGAUAAAUUAUAAACAAAAUAUGACGAAAAAAUUUUCUAAGGGGGUAUAUUGUAGUAAUUGUGGUGUGUCAUAUACUCCAUUAUGGAGACGAACAUCUAAAGGACAAUAUGUUUGUAAUGCUUGUGGACUUUAUUCAAAAGCAAAGAAUAUGUCGAGGCCUGUUCGUUUAAAAAGAGUGAUGGUUUCAUCGGUAUCUCAUCGUAUUCGGAGAAAAGCGGCUAUUUUAUUAAAAGUGAAUGGUGAAACAUGUGCAGGUAAUGGUCAAUGUAAUGGUACGGGUGGUGCACAAGGAUGUGAUGGAUGUCCAGUGCUUAACAAUAAAGUGUCUAAAACGACGAAAUUUAUUUCGGAGCUAGAAAAUAGAGGACAAGAGUCAGAUAGCAAUUUUAAUUUAUCGAUGGAUAAUUAUGGUAUUCACGCAGUUACAUGUCAGAAUUGUGGAACAACUACGACUCCUUUAUGGAGAAGAGAUGAUUCUGGAAAUACUAUUUGUAAUGCAUGUGGGCUUUACUAUAAACUUCAUUCUGUUCAUAGGCCUAUAAGUAUGAAAAAGAAUUCAAUAAAAAGACGGAAAAGAAUUCAUGUGCAAAACAAGAAUGAAACUGUGGAUAGUAAUAUUGAAAAUGCUACAUCAUCGCUUCUAGAACUAAGUAAUAGGUCACUUGUAGCCUUAUCUCAUGUCUCUUCAGAAGUGACAAGGCCUUUGUUGAAAACACUUUCAGAUAAAACUGGAAAAGAUGAAGAUAGAGCUAAAUUGAAUGAUCAAAAUUUUCAGGCUGGCUCUUCUUUUGAUUCCACAUUAUAUUUAAAAAAUGCAGUAAAUUCUAAUGAGAAUUAUAAAGAUAAUAGUAUUUUUUCAAAAGAAUCUACAAAUCUAGUAACGAAAUGUCAUGAUGAUCAAUAUAUGUCUCUUUUGAAUUCCGAAUAUUCAAAAUCAUUAGAUCCUACAAUGUCAUCUCAAACAUGUCCUAACCCUAAUAAAAAUACAUAUAGAGUACCGGAUAUACAAUCCAUGCUUAAUUCUGCGCCUGGGAACUCUGGUAAUGUGUCAUUCAAGGUUCAUACGAAUAUGGCAUCUAUAAUAGAAUUAUUAACUUUAGAACAUCCAUCUGGAGUAGAAAUUUUGAUUGUUCCAGAAAAUGUUGAAAAAGAUACAUCAUUGUAUAAAAAAUACAUAGAAAAUGUCAAGGAGGACGUUAAAAUUCAUGCGGAAAGACUAAAAUUAAUGUUUUCAAAUGCUCAGAGAAUUAUAGAGGAAUGUGACAAAAAAUUAUCUUCUAGAUAG